AUGCUUCCCCUCGCCUGCCUUAUUGACCCCAGCCCCCCUCCUUCGGGCCGAAACAACUGUCAGAGUCCUCCCUUCAACCCGAAGGCGAAGGGAGGCGACCCUCUCGUCUACCGGGGUGAACUCCAACACGAGACGGCUGAGCUGGGGGGAGACAAGCAGCCCCACCCCCGCCCUCCGCCUCUCCUCGCGGAGCCUGUCUCUAAUGUAAAAGUUAAACAAGACUCCUCCAACUUGAUUGAGUUUAACAAAUCUGCCAGCUUCUUCUGCUCCUUGUCUGGAUCAUCUCUCUCCUUCCGUUGGAUGAAAGACUCCUCAGAGAUUACGGCCAGUGACAGAGUUCAGAUUACUGAUGGAGGAUCCACUCUGACUAUUGUCAAUGUGACCAGAAAUGACGAGGGAUCAUACAGCUGUGAAGUGUUCAAUCCUGUCAGCAAUGCCAACAGUGACCCAGUAUUCCUCUCUGUCAGCUAUGGCCCAGAAAAAGUCACAUUAAAGGUUGACCCUGAACCUCAUAAACCAUACGUGGAAGGUUCAGACAUCACCUUGUCUUGCUUGUCUGACUCCAGACCUCCUGCAACGUUUUAUUGGCUCCUGAAUGAAAAACUUCUAUCUGAUUCUGAACAUGAGCUCAAGCUAAUCAGUGUUAAUAAGAAUCAGAGUGGAAACUACAGCUGUUUUUGUGGUCUGGGAGGGCAUUCCACAGGCGGGGAGCUGCGGCUUCAAAGGCCCUGUCGCCCAUUGUUUUUAGCCGUGUCCUUGGUGGGCUCAGACGGUGCUGUUGGCCUGACCGGGUCCGGGAAGAGGUGUGUGGUACUGGAGCUUCUGAAGGCUCCUGCCAGAGAUCCCGAUGAGGAGAGCGUUGCAGUAAUCCAGCCUGGAGGAGACGAAGGCAUGGACAAGCUUAUCUGCAACAGGGAGGGAUAG